AUGCCUGGCAUUCUGAACCAGACUCCUACGCCUGAAUAUGGGCGCAGGUUAAUACCCAACGUCAUCGAUGAGCGAGCCGAGAGCGAUCCAACAAAGGCAUUUGCAUCUAUCCCGCGAUCCAAAGACCUCGCAGAUGGCUUCGUUGAUAUCACGUAUGCGUUGGUUGCCAAUGCCAUCAACCGAGCGAGUUGGUGGCUUUCACACUCGAUGGGCAACACGGAAACAUCGGAAGUGUUUGCAUACUUGGGUCCAAAUGACUUGAGAUAUCCAAUUCUGUUGGUUGCCACGAUGAAAUGCGGCUAUCAAAUGAUGAUGCCAUCGCCUCGUAAUUCUGCAGAGUAUCAACAAGAGCUCCUUCGUCGCGCCGGAUGUCAGACACUUUUCUGCACCCGUGGUUUAAUGGCCAAGUUGUCACCGGUGGUAGAUGAUCUAGACAUCUUUUGCAAAAUUGCACCUGAUUUGGAUGAGCUGCUUGAUCCCACACCUGUGGCCCCGUUUCCUUAUGAGGCGACGUAUGAUGAAGUGAAGAAGAAUCCAUUUCUUAUCCUCCACACAUCUGGGUCAACUGGACCACCAAAGCCAAUCACUUUGACCAUUGAGUGUACUACGACAGAGGAUACACAUCGUCUUCUUGAUGACCCCGAGGGCCGACUAUGGUGGCGCCUUUUUGCAAACCGGCGAUAUUUCAUGGGUAUGCCAUGUUACCAUUCUGCCGGUGUCUGGUUCUCGCUCUUCAAGCCCGUCUUCUUCAACUCGACGGCUGUAUUUGCACUAAGCGACAAGCCUCUUACAGCUUCCAUCGCCGAAGCUGUGCACCGAACCGCUGAAGUCUCUGGCGGAAUCUACCCGCCCUCUGUUUUGGAAGAGAUUAGUCGAACAGAGUCUCUCAGUGGAGUCAAAGGCCUGGAGUUUGUAGCCUAUGGAGGUGGCCCUCUUUCCAAAUCAGCGGGAGACCGUCUCUCUAGCAUAACCAUUCUUCACAACUUCAUUGGCUUCACCGAGAAUAGCGCACCUCCGCGGUAUGUUAUGGAGCCAGAGGAUUGGAACUAUUUCGAAUUUCAUCCGGCAUCUGGAUAUUUCCCAGAACAUCUGCACGACGACCUCUACAGGAUGUCUUUUAAGCGUCUUCCUGAAUAUGAGUUUGUGCAAACCGUGUUUCGGCUGUUCCCAGAGCUGGACAAGUAUACCUCUGGCGAUAUUUUGAGUCCACAUCCAACAAAGCCCAAUCUUUGGACAUAUGGCGGCCGCACCGACGAUCUCAUUGUUCUAUCUACAGGAGAAAAGUUCAAUCCCAUCCCUGCUGAGCUGAUGCUCAAGGGCUGUUCAGUGGUCAAAGACACUCUUAUUGUUGGCGACGGACGGAGCCAAGCCGCACUGCUUGUUGAGUGUGAUGAAGAGGCUACGGCUGGAAUGCCACAGGAGGAGGUUUUGAAUGAACUAUGGCCGUUUGUCCAGAGAGUCAAUCAGACGCUGCCUACUCAAGGGAGACUGCUAAAGACAAAUAUCGUCUUUGCAUCUACUGAAAAGGAGUUUUCACGUUCGCCAAAAGGGUCUGUGCAGCGAAAGGCUACUGUGGCAAAUUUUGAGCCUGAGCUUAACAGCCUUUAUGCGGGUAGCAAAUCUUUACCAAAUGGUAAUGGCCAUAUUCACGAAUCGCAAGCUAUCAGCUUCAUCCGCAAAGCUUUGGAAGCUAUAUGUGGUAUUCGCAGCAAGAACAACAACGACGACUUGUUCGAACUCGGACUUGACUCUGUAAUGGCCUUGCAGUUGUCAAACGAGCUCCAGAGAAUAUCGCCCUCUUGGCCGCAGGAGAGAGACGCUUCUUUGCAGUUGAUCUACGCAAACUCGACCAUUAAAGGCUUGGCACAAGCUAUAAACCGGUUGAAUGAACUCUCAGACAACGCGACGGACUCGUCCCACUCAAAGGAAGUGAAAGUAGUCAGCGUCGCUAAAGAGGUUGUUAAAGAGUUGAUCCAAACAUACACGUCAAAUCUUGAAGAGAGUGCUCCAAAGCGAGAAAUCACUGUUGCUCUUACGGGCAGUACUGGAGCUGUGGGAAGCCAUUUACUUAAUCGGUUAAUGGCAGAGCCAAAUGUGACAAAAGUAUUCUGCCUCAAUCGUUCUACAGACGGAGAAAAGGCUCAAAGAGCGGCAUGCGAGAAGAACGACAUCAAAUGGGCGCCGGGAAGCAAACCAGUUGAGUUUCUCACAGUUGAUCUGUCACAGCCGCAUUUAGGACUCAAGUCAAACCAGUACGCUGCUCUUCAAGAUGAAACUGACAUCAUCAUUCAUAAUGCUUGGAAACUUGACUUUUUACACACGGUACAGCAUUUUGAAAAGACUCAUAUUGCAGGGGUUCGGCAUCUCGUUGAUCUUUCUGCAAACUCUGAGCGUCGACCACGCAUUGUUUUCAUCUCUUCCAUUGCCAGUGUCCUUGGUUGGAAGGAGAGUCGGAAAGUGCCAGAGGAGAUUAUUCUCUCUGACUCUGUCACCGCAAGCAAUGGCUAUGCCCAAUCCAAGCAUAUAGCUGAAAGAAUUCUAUAUGAAGCUUCGCAAACUGUUGGCAUUCAGAUCACAGUCGUACGACUGGGCCAAAUCGCAGGACCUACCAGUGCUGGGGCUGGCAAAUGGAACUCGCUUGACUGGGUACCUCAAAUCAUAUACACGUCUAAGUCGCUUGGAGCCAUACCAAAGACUUUGGGCAUGGCUGAUGACGUUGAUUGGGUGCCAAUUGACCGCCUGCCCGACAUUCUGGUAGACUUGAUCCAUCAUGACCUGAAGAAGCCCGAGAGGUUUCAGAUCUAUCACGCUGCAAAUCCCAAUCCAGUGUCAUGGGGAUCUCUGCUUCCUGCGAUAUGCCACCGCCUUGGCCCUGACGUCGAGUUGGUAACUUACCAGCAAUGGCUAACAAUGCUGCGCAAUAAGUAUGGCCAUACCGAAGACGUGAAGGACUUUCCAGCGCUUCGCCUCAUGGGCUGGUUACGGCAGAUGGAUGCUCCUAUGGGCGUCAAGUUACCAAGUCUUUCUACGGAUGUUAUAGCCCAGUCGUCGAGCACCUUUUCUACCCUGGAAUCAGUUCGCGGUACGUGGAUGGAGAAUUGGAUGGAGUCUUGGGGGCUUUGA